CGGUUCGAGAUUUCAUGUCUUGACAACAUUCAUCAAAACAAACGAGUGUGUUUUGGGUGCGUGUGGAAAAGCUGGGGCGAACAUUUAUUGCUUUCCCGGUAGAAAACACAGCAACGGAACGGAUAAUGAAUUUCUUGCGGCAAACAUUCAAUCUGACCAAAUCAAUUGCCGGCGAAGCCAUUUCAUCGUUCCUGCAGCGUAGUACCAUGGCCACGCUGAACCAGAUGCAUCGAACGGGGCCCCACUUUAAGGUACGGCCACCACGCCAACCGCUCGACGGCAAACCGUUCGCGAAGGGUGUCGUGCUGAAGACGCUGAUCAAGAAGCCAAAGAAACCGAACUCCGCCAACCGGAAGUGUGUGCUGGUGCGGCUUUCCACGGGCAAGGAGCUGGUGGCGUACAUUCCCGGGAUUGGGCACAACCUGCAGGAGCACAACAUUGUGCUGGUGCGCGUUGGCCGCUGUCAGGAUUUGCCCGGUGUGAAGAUUAAGUGUGUACGCGGCAAGUAUGAUCUGCCGCACGUGAUUAAGCAGAAGUAAUUGGAAGUAGGAAUGCAGCAUUAUUCCCAGCAAGUGGCGAGUAGUAUAGUAGAAUCGGGGGUUAAAUAAAUCUUGUACAUCAUUACAUUAUGUUCUUAUUGAAGAACGUUCAUUAA